AUGAUGGAAAGGCUGCUAGACGAAUUACUCACCGUGAUUCUCGACAAAAUAGAAGACCCAAUUGAUCGGAAAUCAUUUUCCCAAGUCUGCAAAAGUUGGUUCAGAGUCGAAGGUCUCCACCGAUCGUCCCUGCGAGUUUUGGAGGCCGACCGCAUCCCCGAUUUCUUACCCAGAUUCCCCAACUUGCUCAAAUUCCUAGCUUCGACGCCGAUCAACAGCUCCCUCAUCCAGUUCGUGGCCAACGCGUGCCCUAGAAUUCAAGUCCUCAACCUCAACCGCAAGGAAACAGACGAUGCGUGCACCGAGCUCGAGGAAGAAGCCGACGUCGACGACGAUGGCCUUCUCGGCAUCGCCACUCGGUGCCGCGAUCUGGAAACGGUUUUUCUGAGGAAGAGGAUCGCGAUUGGGGAUUCAGGUACCGCUGCCCUAUUAGGGUUCUCGAAGAAUUUGAGGAGCCUCGAUUUAGGGUUAUGCUGUAGGGUUUCUAUGAGGGUAUCAAGCAAAUUGGAGAUUCGAAGCAUCUGGAGGCAUUGA